AUGGCUUCUACAAAGCUACCGUCUCUACUUCGCGCCUCCACACGCGCCCUGAGACGCAACCGCAUCCCCGCACUCACCCCAUGUUUCCGCUCAGUGUCAACGAAACACCCCACAGGCUUCGUCCCCCCAUCCGACGAUGACCUGCUGGAGCUUAGAGAGCGCGUGCAGGAUUUUACAAGGCGUGAGAUCUCAGCCGAGGUUGCUCAGCGGACAGAUGAGCUGAACGAGUUCCCUGCGGAUAUGUGGCAGAAAAUGGGCGAUGCCGGUUUCCUCGGCGUUACAGCAAACGAGGAGUACGGCGGUUUAGGCAUGGGCUACCAAGCGCACUGUGUGGUGAUGGAAGAGAUCAGUCGCGCAUCAGGAAGCAUUGGCCUCUCCUAUGCGGCUCACUCCCAGCUUUGCGUGAACCAGCUCUCGCUCAAUGGCUCGACCGAACAAAAAGAGCGCAUUCUGCCUGGUUUACUAUCAGGCGAGAAGGUUGGUGCUCUAGCAAUGUCAGAGCAUUCAGCUGGCUCCGACGUUGUUAGCAUGAAGACUACCGCCAAAGAGGUUGGCGGAGGAUGGCUAUUAAACGGAACUAAGAUGUGGAUUACCAACGGCCCGGACGCAGACUAUAUCGUCGUUUAUGCCAAAACAGAGCCCGAGCUAGGCUCCAAGGGAAUCACGGCGUUCAUAGUUGAGAAGUCAUUCAAGGGCUUCUCAUGUGCACGCAAGCUAGACAAGCUUGGUAUGCGCGGUUCGAACACGGGCGAACUCAUCUUCGAGGACGUUUUCGUCCCCAAAGAAAAUCUUCUCGGGGAGGUGAACCGUGGAGUUCGUGUCCUGAUGGAAGGGUUAGACCUGGAGCGACUCGUCCUCAGUGCAGGUCCACUAGGAAUCAUGCAAGCCGCACUCGACUUGGUUCUUCCUUACACCCACGUCCGCAAGCAGUUCGGCACGCCCAUUGCCCAUAAUCAAUUGAUCCAGGGCAAGCUUGCAGACAUGUAUACUAAAUUGGCUGCCUCGCGCGCCUACACAUAUGCCACCGCACGCCAGGUGGACAACUCCGCCGUGACACCCGGGGAGAUGAGCGUUCGCACCCAUGACUGUGCCGGUGCAAUUCUUUACUCUGCCGAGCGUGCGACGGAAUGUACCCUCGACGCUAUCCAGCUGAUGGGUGGAAGCGGAUACAUCAACGAAAUCCCCGCUGGUCGACUGCUGCGCGAUGCAAAGCUCUAUGAAAUUGGAGCUGGUACUAGCGAAAUCCGUAGGAUGGUUAUUGGUCGCGCCUUUAACAAAGAGUACGCUUAG